CGAUUUGUUUUGGAACACGAUGUCCCACCACAACAUAAACGAGUGCUCUGUGAGCAUCCCGGAGGACCACAGACCUUCUGUGAGAGCACACGAUGUGACGACAGUUCGACCACAUGGGUUUUCAUGCAUCCCACAGUUUCUGAGGCUGUCCUUCUCGCCCGCGUCCCUUGAGAAGGUGUACCAGACGUACUUCCGGCGCCAGCGGCAGGAGACGCUGCUCGUCCUUGUGGUCUUUGCGGCACUUUUUAACUGCUACGUGAUCGUGAUGUGUGCCGUCAUGUACACGGGGGAUAAGAAGGUGAUGGUAGCGGCGGCAGGGGCAGGGCUUGGGGCAGAUGUGGUGCUCUAUGUGUUCUGCAGGUUCUGUGUGCUCCCGGAGGCCUUGAGGCGUCACGCCGUGCCGUUCAUUCUGUGGAUCCUCAUCUCUCUACAUGUGCUCUUUUACGUGGGAUUUAACUUCACCGGGUUUAAUGAGGCGAGCGAUGCGGUCGGGUGGCAGACCUUCUUCACCUUCUCACUGUUCCUCACCAUGCCACUGCCACUCACACACAUCCUCAUACUGGCAGCCAUCACAUGCAGCGUACACACGGCCCUGCUCGCCAUCGCCAUCACACUGAGGUGGCAGGUGAACCUACAGAGCUCUGUACUGGCUCGACAGCUAGUGGCUAAUGUGAUGCUGUACCUGGGGGCCGUGGUGGUGGGUGUGAUGUCAUAUUUCAUGGCAGAUCGUAAAUAUCGCACAGCCUUUCUGGAAGCUAAACAAUCACUGGAGGUUCGACUCACACUGGAGGAACAGAGCCAGCAACAGGAGGAGCUGCUGUUGUCCAUUUUGCCGAAGCACAUUGCUGAUGAGAUGCUGCAGGGAAUGAAGAAGGAAGCGAAUCAGAAAUCAGAGGCACAACAAUUCAACACAAUGUACAUGUACCGACAUGAGAAUGUCAGUAUCCUCUUUGCUGAUAUUGUAGGCUUUACUCAGUUGUCGUCUGCGUGUAGUGCUCAAGAACUUGUCAAGCUGCUUAAUGAACUCUUCGCCCGCUUCGACAAACUAGCUGCUCAACAUCACCAGUUGCGUAUUAAGAUCCUGGGUGAUUGUUAUUACUGCAUAUGUGGAUUACCGGAUUACCGUGAAGAUCACGCAGCCUGUUCCAUCAUGAUGGGCCUCGCCAUGGUGAAGGCCAUCUCGUAUGUGCGUGAAAAGACUCAGACGGAGGUGGACAUGCGUGUGGGCGUGCACACUGGGACAGUACUGGGCGGAGUUUUAGGACAGAAACGUUGGCAGUUUGAUGUCUGGUCCACUGAUGUCACCGUUGCUAACAAGAUGGAGUCUGGUGGAAUCCCAGGUCGUGUACACAUCUCACAGUCCACAAUGGACUGUCUUCAUGGAGAGUUCGAGCUGGAGCCAGGGAAUGGAGGAGAGCGCUGUGAGUACCUGAUGGAGAAAGGUAUCGAUACCUACCUGGUGAUUGUUCCCAAGGAAACGGACACAGUGGGCGGAGUCAGCAACGGCUGGACGGGUGGUGUACUGACUAAUGGGAACUCUGCUCCGCUCAUCGCCACAACAGAGACAACAGGCAGUGUGUGUUCAAAGCUGCAGUGGAGCAGUCUGUCAGGUGGAGACAUGGAAAACCAGCAGGAACUAAACAGACUGCUGGGCAAAAUUCUCCUGGAGCGAGAGUCAGAGAAGACGAUGAAGGAGAAGAGCACCACUGCUCUGUCUCUUCACUUUAAGGAUUCCGAUCUCGAGUCUCGUUACUCUGCAGAAAAAGAACCCCAGACCGGCAUCGCAUUCAGCUGCAGUUGCGUCGUUCUUCUCUUCACCUCCGCCAUGGAAGUUUUCAUCGAUCCACAGCUGAUGGUAAACUAUGUAACGCUGGCAGUGGGUGAAGUGCUGCUCCUCAUCCUCACCAUCUGCUCCCUGGCAGCCAUUUUCCCAGGGCUGUUUUCAGAGAAGCUGGUGUCGUUCUCGAUGUGGAUCGAUCGGACACGCUGGGCGAGGAACACCUGGGCAAUGGCAGCCAUCUUUGUUCUGGCCAUGGCUGAGGUGGCUGAUAUGCUGAGCUGUCAGCCCUCAGUCAUUCUACUCAAUACCACUUCAGGAUUAACGCUCAAGUUUCUGGGUGAUGGUGGUUGUGUUGAAAACCCACAACACUACAGCUUCAUGGCUGUGCUGUCGCUCGUGGCAACCAUGAUGCUCAUUCAGGUCAGUCACCUUGUAAAGCUCGCGCUAAUGGUGCUGAUCUCCGCGGCAACUGCAAUAGUCGACAUCUACAGCUGGAGUACCAUUUAUGAAAUAUAUGACAUCGUACGCUUCGCGAACAACAGGUAUGACCUGGUUCCUUCCAAAUACCUGAUGACAGUGAUGAUCAUUGUGAUGAUGAUUAGCUUCUACUACUUUGCUCGGCAUGUGGAACGUCAGUCUCGUAAGUUGUUUCUGUGGAAAAUUGAGGUUCAUGACCAGAAGGAGAGAGUGUAUGAGAUGAGGACGUAUAACGAGGCUCUGGUCACUAACAUGCUGCCAGAACACGUAGCCAAACACUUUCUGGGGUCCAAGAAACGAGAUGAGGAGCUGUACAGCCAGUCGUAUGAUGAGAUUGGUGUGAUGUUUGCAUCCAUCCCAAAUUUCUCGGAUUUCUACACAGAGGAGAGCAUCAACAACGGUGGCAUCGAGUGUCUGCGCAUCCUUAAUGAGAUCAUCUCCGACUUUGACACACUGUUGGACCGGAGUGAAUUUCUCUGCAUCACUAAAAUAAAGACAAUCGGCAGCACAUACAUGGCGGCUUCAGGAGUGACACCAGAGAGCAACACUAAUGGCUACAGCAGCCGAAAGAAGGAGGAUCAGUGUAUUCUGGAACGUUGGCAGCAUUUAGCUGAUUUGGCAGAUUUCGCUCUGGCAAUGAAAGUCACACUGAACAACCUCAACAAACAGAGUUUCAAUAGCUUCAUGCUGCGCAUUGGAUUGAACAUGGGUGGUGUGUUAGCCGGUGUGAUUGGAGCGCGGAAGCCUCACUAUGAUAUUUGGGGAAACACUGUGAAUGUGGCCAGUCGCAUGGAGUCCACUGGAGUUAUGGGUAAUAUCCAGGUUGUGGAGGACUGCUAUAAGAUCCUUAGGGAGUAUGGGUUCCGCUUCGUACGCAGAGGACCGAUCUACGUGAAGGGGAAAGGAGAACUGCUCACGUACUUCAUGAAGGGAAAAGACAAGCUGCUGCCCACAAACGGCACAACCACAAUCCCGCCCCUCCCUCACCAGAUACCCCCAAACUGAACACACAUACACGUACGUCCUGGUGAGGGACAACAUGUUAACUGGUAAAAAGUAUCAGAACUUAGAGUACGUCUGCUCAGCAAACCAGAAACAUGAAG